UUCGAAAAGGCAAAGCCAUAAAGCAAAUCAACAAAAUUACCCACUAAUUAAAACGUAUUAUUAUGCUGCCAGACUAAUCAAUCCAAUGUGCAAGUACACAUCAUAUUAUCAUAAAUAUAUAUAUAUAUAAUAUUUAUAUAUAGUGCUUCCUUCCCAUUUUCUAUCGUCAACUUUAGUGCUCUUGUUUAGGUAACAAAACUACCCACAGAGAAAGACACUCGGAGACCUUGCUGGACUUCAAUGGCUGUCAAAGUUUAUAUUGUGUAUUAUUCCAUGUAUGGACAUGUCGAGAAACUAGCAGAAGAAAUAAAGAAAGGGGCUUCUUCUGUGGAAGGUGUUGAAGCAAAAUUAUGGCAGGUACCUGAGACACUGCCCAAGGAGGUGCUUGGUAAGAUGAGUGCACCACCCAAGAGCGAUGUACCAAUCAUUACACCAAAUGAUCUCUCUGAAGCUGACGGCUUCGUGUUCGGCUUCCCAACAAGGUUUGGAAUGAUGGCUGCUCAGUUUAAAGCCUUUCUAGAUGCUACUGGAGGUUUAUGGAGAACUCAACAGCUUGCAGGAAAACCUGCUGGAAUCUUCUACAGCACCGGUUCUCAAGGUGGUGGCCAAGAGACCACAGCGCUCACUGCUAUCACUCAGCUGGUUCAUCAUGGAAUGAUAUUCGUUCCAAUCGGUUACACGUUCGGUGCUGGCAUGUUUGAGAUGGAGAAAGUGAAAGGUGGAAGUCCAUAUGGUGCCGGAACUUACGCCGGUGACGGAUCACGACAGCCAACUGAGCUUGAGUUGGAGCAAGCAUUUCAUCAAGGGAAGUACAUUGCAGCCAUCACAAAGAAGCUCAAGCAAGCUGCUUAAUAAUGCCUUCAUAUAUAGACAUACUACCACUAUUGUUAAACCAUACCAAAGUAUUGCUUGAAAAUCAUCACCCAUUUUUUAGUCUUGGAAUAUAUUGAGCUUUAUUUUUCUGUGCUUGCAAGUAAUUUUUUGUUUCUUUACAUUAUCGUAAAGGAAAUGCUUUGUAUGCGUGUUGCAUGUUGCAUGUUGCAGUGGAUGUUGGAAUUUGUUGAAUGAUGAAAGUUUGUCUGUCUUUCAGUCUUGUUCUUUCGUGUUAGGCUAAACAAUAUUUGUUCCCAUCUUUUGUAUUACCCCAUUAAGCACAUAAAUAUUGCAACAAGUUUGAGUUCAAAA